GUCCUAGAGAGUGGCACGAUCCAAUUCACCCCCCUGCCCCUCUGCUCCACUGCAGGUUGCCUGGACACCCUGCCCCUGUCCCCGGGCUGCAGGGGGAGCAGGCCCCAGAGGACGCCGUCUGCUCCCUGCCGGAGGACGCUGCUGGUGGCCAAGCCGGGCACCAUGCACUCCCUGGACGAGCCCCUCGACCUCAAGAUCAGCAUCUCCAAGCUGCGGGCAGCGCGGGAGAAGCGGACACUGGGCAGCACCAAGCACCGGGCCUUGCACCGCGAGCUCAAGAGCCAGGAUGAUGGUGCCGCAGCGAUGGGCCCCGGCUCGCCUGGCUCCCCGCUGGCCGGUCCACUGCUGCCCUCCAAGUACCACGACAAACGGGACGCUCGCUUCUCCUCGACGCCCCUGCUGGACCUCAGCCUGUCGCCCCCAUCCGGCCUGGACUCCCCCGGUGGCAGCACCUCGCUGUCCCCUGAGCGGCAGGGCAGCGGGGACCUGCCCAUGGCCCCCAACCCCCAUGAUUUCCCGUCCCUGCGCUACAUCGACGGCCUCCCGAGCUCCUUCCAGUUCUUCCUGCCCCUGGGCUCAGGCGGCGCCCUGCACCUGCCGGCCUCGGCCUUCCUCACCCCCGCCAAGGAGAAGCGCCUCUCUCCGGAGCUGCCUCUGCCGCAGCAGCUGGUGUGUCGCUGGGCCAAGUGUAACCAGCUCUUCGACCUGCUCCAAGACCUGGUGGAUCACGUCAACGACUUCCACGUCAAGCCGGAGAAGGACGCGGGUUACUGCUGCCACUGGGAGGGCUGCGCGCGCCAUGGCCGGGGCUUCAAUGCCAGGUACAAGAUGCUGAUCCACAUUCGCACCCACACCAAUGAGAAGCCUCAUCGCUGCCCAACCUGCAACAAGAGCUUCUCCAGGCUGGAAAACCUUAAAAUCCACAACCGCUCGCACACAGGCGAGAAACCCUACAUGUGCCCCUACGAGGGCUGCAGCAAGCGCUACUCCAACUCCAGCGACCGCUUCAAGCACACGCGCACCCACUAUGUGGACAAGCCCUACUACUGCAAGAUGCCCGGCUGCCACAAGCGCUACACGGACCCCAGCUCACUGCGCAAGCACAUCAAGGCCCAUGGCCACUUUGUGUCCCACGAGCAGCAGGAGCUGCUCAAACUCCAGCAGCCUCCCAAGACCCCCGUCGCCUCAGCGGAAGUGCCUUACGUCAACGGGGCGCAACUCAUCAUCCCCAACCCGGCCGCCCUCUUUGGCGGGCACGCGCUGCCCGGCCUGGGCGCCUCUCUGCCCAUCCCCCUGGCCCCGGGUCCCCUGGACCUCAGCACCCUGGCCUGUGGUGCCGUGGGCUCUGCUGCGCUGUCGGGGCUGCCCAGCCCCAUGCUGUCCCUCAAUGGGGCGCCACUCAACUUGGCCAAGAGCCCCUUGCUGGCGUCUCCCUUCGGGGCUAGCGGGCUGGGGCUGCCAGUGGUGUCCCUGCUUGCUGGCAAGACGGACGUGGAGAAGUGCCAGGCGGGCGACACCAGGGUGGCCAAAGCGGGCAAAGCUCAGGGGCUCGAGAGCCGCAAAGACUCGUGUGACAGGACUGAGCGGGCCCGGCUCAGGCGUGCUCCGGAGAGCCUGCCGCUGCUGCCCGGCGCCGUGCUGGACCUGUCCACCGGCGUGAGCUCUAUGGGCAGUCCCGAGGCCCUGCCGCCAGGCUGGGUGGUGAUCCCCCCUGGCUCCGUCUUGCUGAAGCCGGCCGUGGUGAACUGAGUGAACGAAGCCCAGACGCAAGACAAGGCACCACCUUGGCCCGAGUCUUGACGGGUGAAUCCGCCAGCGGGGUGGGGGGGAGCCGGACCUCCUGCCCCCUUCCCCUGCGACUGCCGCUUGGGUCUCACUUGUACCCUUCACGAAAGAAGAGUUUGACUCUUCUGAGAAUAGCAAUAAUCCCCAUCCCAGCCCCGCGGCCGGCCCGCACCCCUGGCCCAGCGCAGGCCGCUCCAGAGGCCUCUUCAUGGGACCCCCUGAGACAGCUAACUGCCCCCUCCCUGAGUCAGCCGCACCCUGGCGCCUCCUGCUGGCUCUCCAGGGAGCCAACGCUGGCACCGGACACAGCAGGAGCAGGCUCAUGACUCUGGCAGGCGCCGGGGUGGGGCACCAGGGUCGGUUGUGGCAGCAGAGCGGGCACCGGAGAGGGACGAUUGCGGAGGGACCCGAGCCAGGCCGUGGCUCUGGGAGCAAUGGGGCGUGGAGCUGGAUCGGGGCCCUAGAGCCAGCCUGGUGUGCCAUCGCCCCGUCUCUCCCUGGGGGCUGCCUGCCCCAGGCCUAAGGCAGUGGGAGGCGCCGCUAUUUAUUUAUCUCACCCAACCCCCCGCUCUGACAGGUCCCGCGUCGGGCCCUUGUCCCUGGUGCUGACCAGGUGCCCCCUGCCUGAGGCCUGAGCCAUGCAGCCACCUGCAUUGAGGUCCCAACACCCAGCCCCGUGCCCACCCCCAGUCAGUGCCAGGUGCUCAUGUACUUGCGCCCUCUGCUGGCUGUGUGCAGCCCAGUAGGUGAGUGGGUGUGAGCGAUCCCAGAGGAAGGGCCCAUUGACACCCUCCUCCCCCCAGCCUGCGGCUUCUGGGUGCCGUGGCCCCUGGCCCCUGCAGC